CGUAUCGUGAUAGGUUAAGUUAGACAAGUACACAGGCUGCCGCUAUAUUGCCCUGAGAUCUUGCAGGAGUAGACAGAUGUUCCUCUCGAGGUAGGCGUUGCAAAGUCUGGAACAACAGCAAGAUCAAAGCUUGAAACAUUUGCAAACAGUCGAGUAGGCGUCAGUGAUGGAGGCUGAAGGUUUACCCCAUAUUCCGUACUUCGUCGGAACCACAGGUCGACAGGGUUUUGCAUCAGAGGCUGGAACGUUCGAGCCACAAGACUUUCCAACUUCCAACCCAUGACAACAUGCGCACAGAGUGUGCACUUCUCCUCUUCGCCGCUCUCAAAUUCCCUGGACUGGACGAAUAACACGACCUGAAGACUUCACCGCCAGGCCCCAUAGCCUCGACCCUCGAUCCUCGACCUCAACAUGAGUGACACGACUCCCCAACAGAAGGCCAAUCUUGCGCGCAUCCGCGACAAUCAAAGAAGAAGCAGAGCAAGACGCAAGGAGUACUUACAAGAGCUUGAGACGAAAUACCGCUCUUGCGAGGCCGUUGGAGCAGAGGCGUCGGCAGAGAUACAAGCGGCAGCGCGCAAGGUGCUCGACGAAAACAAGAGACUGCGUCGGCUGUUACGACAGCAAGGCUUCAGUGAUGCCGAUAUCGACGGUCCGGACCACGACGAGUAUGCUUCGUCUCCAUCCGCUGUCGAGAUGCUGGAUGUCAUGCUAGUCACACGCAAGCCAUGCCGCCCAUCUUCAGUUGGAGGCUGCGGAGAUAGUUCGGCCUUCAAGACCGAAGACGAGGAUGAUCUCGAUUCAAGGCGACAGAGUUGCGCAUCCACAUCCGCAUCUGCCGCUCCCGUACCGCUUGCACCGCAACCUCAGCAGCACCGCCCAAUUGCUCUUGCGCCCGCUCCUGCCAAUCAACCGCGAUCAAGGCCUCAAUCUCAUGACCCGGUUUUACAGCAGCACCAUCAUUUGCAGCCUCAGCCUCAACAGCAGCCUCAGCAACUCCAGCAUCAGCUUCCUCCUCAAAUUCAGCAGUCUAUGCAGUUUCAAGGCCAGCCUGUUCAGCAUCAACAGGUACAAGCUCAACAGCAGAUGCCACCUCAGCAACAUCAGCAGUUUUUCAUGACGCCUCCUUCGCAUGCCUCUGCUCCUCCGUUGCCGCUUCAGAACGCACACACUUCUCCUGGAGCCUUCGUACAAGAUUACCCUCUUUACGCGCCACAACCGUUUGGCUAUGCUGUUCAAUCACAGCUGCUUGACUGGGACAUGGCUGCUGCUGAAGCUAUGCCGCAGUCUGGAACCUACACGACUCCCGGGACUUAUGCUUCGCCUACAGCAGGCUAUCCGACGGCAGCCUCCUUCGCCUCCCCCACACCAACUGUUUCUACAGGUUACAACACCCAGGACAACACAUCAUCAUGUUUUACAGCAGCAGACGCUAUACGCACCUUACACGUUGAUGCCGGCCCUGAGGUCGAAACAGCACUAGGGUGCCGUGAUGGUACUAGAGACUGUCGCGUCAACAACUCAAUGGUCUUUGACCUCAUGGACCGUUAUGCUGGCGCGCAAGGACAGCAAAGCGGAAUGUGAGGUCCAAAAUGCAUAACGACAGACACGAUCAGGGAACAUAUUUGUAAAAUAAUGUACAUAGAUACAUCGCCGGAGUUAAUAGGUUAGAGAUCACGACUAACGCAAGAAAAAACCCCA